AUGCGAACGGCGACGUGGCACGCGGCAGGAGCGUGGGCGGCUUAUUGGACGCUAGCAACUAGUCUCGAUCUCCAGUACGGCUUCAGUAACUGCGUCGAUAACGAGCGCACGCUCUUUUACUAUUCAACGAGCGACGGCACGUGCUUUGCCAACUCGACCGGUCAAGUGCUCGCUAAACCGCCUGUUCAUGGACUGCGCUGCGAUGUCCGUUGUGGUCAGGGGUACUUCCUUGGUGCUAACUUUUCAGGGCCCGUGCCUGUGUCUGGAUGUGAACGAUGUCCUCAGGGAAAGUACUCACUCGGUGGAGGGGCACUUUUCUCCCAGCGGACGAAUGCGUGGAGUUUACCGCUGUCUGCUGAGCUGCAGUCUGAUUGCGUGACUCGAAACAUGUUUACGGGUCGCUGGGAGCAUAAUUGCAAUCCAUGGGAACCGUCAGCCGAUGGUUCCUACAUCUCGUCAGGGGUCAACUCUAGAGUUAUGGAGAGUUUCCAAGGCACGAGACUAUUCUCGACGCUGCGAGUCAGCGCGCUUUUUGUGCGGAACGGGUCCGUCACGUACAAGUAUCGUGUGGAUGCUGAAGCGCCGUACGAUGGCUUGUUGUUUCAAAUUGACGACGAUCCUGGUUCUGAGCUGGUGUCACAUUCAAAUGGGUGGAAAGAAGCCGUAAUGCAGGUGCCAGCUGGGGCACACACUUUAGUGUGGAACUAUAUGAAGGACUAUUCGGGAGAUGCUGGAGAAGACAAGGCUUACCUCAAGGUGAUUGAACUGGUGGGCACGGCCUGGUCGGAUCUGCACUGUCAUAGUUGUGGUGGAGAUACGACAAAUGGUGGAGGUUCUCUUUGUGCCUUCUGUGGUCCCAAUGAGUAUGCAGCUGCAAAGUCCAAUAGUGAGCUGGAUGUUACAAGUAACACGUGUCCACCAAAUACGUACGCUCCGAAAGGGUCAAUCGGUAUUUCGUCUUGUGUCGAGCAGCGUCCGUGUUCAACCGAUGAUGUGAAUGAGACAUAUACUACGUGCAAGGAUGGUGUACGGAACGUCACGUACGCGUGGAUGGAGCCGCAGACGUGCAAUUUGACAUUACAGGAAAGUAAUGAGCUCCCGCUUCCGUCAGAGGGCGUCCAAUGCGCUAGCUGCGCACGGGGCUACAAACCUGCAGGAGGAGACCAGUGUAUUGCUUGCGCUGCUGGACACGCAAUGAUAUCCCCCGGCAAAUGCGAGAAUUGUCCUCUUGGUACGGUUGUUGUCAACGCACUGGAGUAUGGCGUGGGAACACCGGACGCGUGGAAUUCCUGGCCUGACAUUUUUGAUGCUGAGCAAGCUCAGUAUGCAGGGUGGGAGCUCUCAAAGAGCGGCGUACGAUUUGCUCAGCACACGGAAGAUGAAGAAGGUGCCGGAUUUUCGAGCCAGCCAAGCCGUUCGGCACUGUCGUUUAAGGUAGCCUUUAUCCAUUCCGGCUCACUGAAUUUAACUUACCAGUUGAGCGGUGUUCCCACGUUUGCAAACGAUGGAUCCCGUGCGUGGGUUGAGCUCGAAAUUCGCGACGUCGGUGACGGUUUGAAAAAAUCUAAAAAGGAUUUGAAUAAUCUAAGCUCACCCCAUAGCGAUGAUAACAGCGGCGGUGGUAGCAGAACGGAAGAAGUCGAAAGCUUCAUUCACUUGCUGCAUGGUAGCGAAAAUGGCACCUUCAACGAAAUCGUCCCCGUCAACGUCACAGGUUUGAUUCAAAAAUAG